GAUUGGACGCCCGCACCGUCAGCCGCGCGCGGGUGGGGCGGGCGGUGCCACACAGCUGGGUGAGGGGCCCGGGUGUGGGGCUGUGGGCUGAGAAGCUGAAGGGCCGUCAUGUCUUCUGAGGUGGCCGCGCGCCGCGACGCCAAGAAGCUAGUGCGCUCGCCCAGUGGCCUGCGCAUGGUUCCCGAGCACCGCGCCUUCGGGAGCCCGUUCGGCUUGGAGGAACCACAGUGGGUCCCGGACAAGGAGUGUCCAAGAUGUAUGCAGUGUGAUGCCAAAUUUGACUUUAUCACCAGAAAGCACCACUGUCGCCGCUGCGGGAAGUGCUUCUGUGACAGGUGCUGUAGCCAGAAGGUGUCGCUGCGGCGCAUGUGCUUCGUGGACCCUGUGCGGCAGUGCGCGGAGUGCGCCCUGGUGUCCCACAAGGAGGCUGAGUUCUACGACAAGCAGCUCAAAGUGCUCCUGGGUGGAGCCACCUUCCUCGUAACUUUUGGGAACUUAGAGAAAUCUGAAACUAUGGUUUGCCGUCUUUCCAACAACCAGAGAUACUUGUUUCUGGAUGGUGACAGCCACCAUGAGGUCGAGAUUGCACACAUCUCAGCUGUGCAGAUCCUCACGGAGGGCCUCUCUCCUGCAGGAGGCAACGCACGGGCCACAGGCAUGCUGCUGCAGUACAUGGUGCCAGGGACAGAGGGUGUGACCCACCUGAAGCUGAGAGCUGGGGAGGAUGCAAGUGCCAGCAGGAGACAGGCAGCUGCGUGGCUGGUGGCCAUGCACAAGGCUGCCAAGCUCCUCUACGAAUCUCGGGACCAGUGAUUCCACAUGUGAGCUGAGCCUGGGCACAUCUGGGCACCAGGACCGACUGGAACAGCAGAGCCUGCUCCCUGCCCACCAUAGGGAUUAGCCUUGCUCAUACUAGGAAAUGCAGUUUAUGUCGUAUCUGGAGAAACAGAAGUGUUCACUUACCUAGUGCAAUAUGUACACAGUUUAUUAACGCUUUAAACACUUUCACUGCUGGGACUGUCAGUUCAUGGCUUCUUGCGCAUGGGCUGUGUGUCCAGAGGCCUAUGUUCAGGCCCCAGGUGAGAUCCUACUUUCAUCUCCAUAGCCACGAAUGCCUCUGCAUUGGUCCACUCAGACUCUGCCUCUGGCUGGGCAGAUGCUGCUGUGAAAGAUCAUUUUCAACUACUGCUUGAUGGUUCUUAAAGUCUCAGUAUCAGUAAACUGAGCAGAUUGUCCACCACCCCUUGUGUUAUAAACAUCACCAGACACUAGUGAUGGAGAAACAGAUUUUUGAGUAACUUUUUCCUCAUCCUGCUCCCAUGAGGGUCUCUGGCUUUUCAGUUUCUGGAAUCAGUAGCAAUAGCCUUCAGCUGUUCAUUCUGCAGCUCCAGUUGUUUGGUUACCACCCUCUGCUCACCUUCUUUCUCCCACUUCAUCGUUGUAGCUGUUGUCACACCUUACAAUCUGGCUUCUAAUCUGCACUUGUCAGAAAAUUGUCACUGAAGUUUCUGAUGCUGGGUUUCAAGUUCCUGUUGCAGAUUGCAUUUUUCUUCAUAGAUAGUGGUGUUUUUCUCUAAAAUCUUGAUCUUAUAUUCUGAAGGCUUUUCUUUUCCAGUUCUUCUAUUUCCAAUUUCUGUUCUUUUUUAGUUUUUCUUGAAUAGUUUUCUUAAAACAGCACUGUCAAAUCCUUGUAAUAAAGGCUAAAGAAAGUAUUAGCUGAAUUCAUUAGUCAUUUGUUGGAGAUGAAGACGUUUUUCUAAGGCUUCAGUUGGCUUUGUGUCUGCUCAUCGAUGACAUCCAAAAUUUCACAUGAUGGCAAAAGUGGAAAACUGUAAAACCAUCUCGGUAACCAGUGGUUCAUUUCCAACUGGAUCUCGAGCCUGGGUUCUACACCCCCUUCCAGUGUUAAACCUCAAAUUGCCUUGUCCACUGCUCUUGCUGCUUCAGCUUCUUGGGGGCACCUCUCAAAUGCCAUGACUUUCAAGCUUUCUUCAUCAUCUUUAGCCUUUGGAUUUAUACAGAGGGGUUGGCUUGGAAUCUCAGUGGGGAACCAUCUUGUUACUCUUUGUUUUCUCUCAGGACAUGCAGACAUACAUGUUCUUAGUGUUAUUAGUUACUGUCACCAGCUUCACAAUAUCCGUUCCCUUCUGCUCUGGUCCUGUGAGUUCUUUACUUUCAGCAAUAUCUACCAAGGACAAUUGGCUUAUAGUGAUAUGUUCUUUUUCCUGUAAGACAUUUUCUCCAUCUGUCUAGGGAAUCUGAACUAAUUCACAGUUGAACAUGCUCUGGGAAUGGCUGGACUCAUGAUUCAAACAGGUGUUAGCAAUACAUCUCUUUCUGGCCUUUCUGGAAAACUUCAACAGUCUCCUCAGUAGACUUCAGUUCUACUUCUGUACAUCCUGCAACAUAUGUUACGGUUCUGUUCUUCAUAUAGCAAUGUAGACUGGAGGUUGGGGUUUUAUGGGGAUCAAAAGGCACUUCUUCCAGUGGAUCAUACAUGUAGUUACAUAUUUGGAAGUGUCUACUUUCUCUUAAUUUCACUGUAAGAGACAAAUACGCCAUAGACACUAUCUUCAUUAACCUCUUCUGCUAUGUAGAAUUCUUGUGCUAUUGUCAUAUUUGCAAACUCUGGAUCUACUUUGCUAGAGGAGUCUUUGGAAUGGACAGAGCUUCCCUUUCCUGACGUUCUAGUGAGGCACCAGCUUUGUGCUGGACAUCCAGUGUUCCUACCAUUAGAUUUAAAAUAAUAUCACUUAGCUUGAAAUGACUCUGUACUGUUAAAGAUCAUGUCCAAGCAGCCUUCUUUCCCCUGGAGAACCGAUCAUUGUGUUUUUCCCUUCCUGUUGCAUGAUAUAUAAAAAGAAACCAUUUGGCGGGCGGUGCCUGUGGCUCAGUGGGUAGGGCACCGGUCUCA